AUGUGCAGCUCUGACUUUUUCCUGGCGGUUCUCGCCGUCUUCUUCCCACCCAUUGCAGUAUGGGUCAAGGCGGGCGUCUGCACAGCCGACUCGAUCAUCAACAUUGCCCUCUGUCUCCUGGGAUACCUCCCCGGCCUCAUCCAUGCAUGGUACAUCAUCGUCAAAUACCCGGAACAAGACCCGGACGAGGCGGGCUAUGAACCCAUCCCUGGUGGCGCAAGCCAGCGCCGUGAUCUCGAGAACGGAAAUGUCACCUACUACUAUGUCUCGCGCCAGCCCCUCCAGCACCCCGCCCCGCGGUCAUAUGGUACUGUCGCCAAUGGGCAGCAGGCGUCUGCUCAGUCGAACUCGGCGAAUAAGCCACAGGGCCAGCAUGAGGGUGCUGAGCAGGGGGGCGAUAACAAGGUGCAGAGUGAUGAAUAA